GUGACGUCAAUUUACUGCGCCAGGCGAGGAGAUGCUUAUUUUCUUAGUUGAAUGAGGCGGUAGUUGGGUUUCGUUACAAAGAUGCCUCUUCCACCUGCUCUUCUGGCUCGUUUGGCCAAAAGAGGAAUCGUGAAACAGUCAGACCAAGAAGCUGAAGAAGAAAUCAUUGCUGAGGAUUAUGAUGACAACAACGUAGACUAUGAAGCUACAAGACUCGAAAACCUGCCCAGCAAUUGGUACAAAGUGUUUGACCCGAAUUGUGGACUUCCGUACUACUGGAACGUGGAGACAGAUUUGGUGUCCUGGUUGUCACCCAACGACCCCAGUGCAGUCAUCACAAAAGCAGUGAAGAAGCUGAGAGCGGAGAUCACAGACAACAGAGGAGACGGUCACCACGAGAAAUCAGACCGAGAGCGCGAUCGCGACAAAGAGCGGGAGCGAGAUCGAGACAGAGACCGGGACCGUGAUAGAGAUGAUGGGAGAGAUCGAGACAGAGACCGAGACAGGGAUAGGGAGAGAGACAGGGACCGAGAGCGAGACAGAGACCGGGACAGACGAAUAAGACGAGAGGACAACGGCCCGUACAACAAGUCAAAAAGAGGUGGAAGCCGGAAGCAGGAAGAGUUGGAUCCUAUGGAUCCCAGUGCCUAUUCAGAUGCACCAAGGGGCUUGUGGUCCUCCGGGCUGCCGAAGCGUAACGAGGCUAAGACGGGAGCAGACACGACGGCAGCAGGACCCUUGUUCCAGCAGAGGCCGUAUCCCAGUCCCGGAGCCGUGCUUCGAGCCAACGCUGAACACACAAGACGUCUGGAGGAGGACGAGGACGACGACAAUGACGACUAACCAGGAAGAAAGCAUCUAUAGAGCCUUUAUAACAACCUGGAGAAUGAUAAAUAUGAACAGCCUUUAAACAAUACAUGCAGACAAGCUCCCUGGAUUGAAAAUGAGUCAUAUUUCGAUUAAUGGUUUCCUUCCUUUUGCUUCGGCUCCAGUCCUGUCAGGAAUGGAAACAAUCAGUGUCAUGAAGUUGAAAUAAAUUCUAUGGUUUCUGGACAAAUCUAAAAGAGUCUAGUGUAUAAAUCUAUAGGUUUGGAUCCUGCCUCUAGAUCCAAGUAGAACGAUUCUAAUGGCAACUCCUCAACCGUCACUUCAAUGUGUUUGUAAAUCUAACCUUGUAUUAUACUAUUUGUAGUAUUUGCUGUGUCUCUUAUAUGCUGAACCAUCUUUACCAUACUGAUGUUAAAUGGACAUGUUCACUUUC